CGCGCGUGAGUUUCUUUCGCAAUUUCUCGAAUGUGAAUUUCGAAUAAUUGUGCUCUGAAACGCACGAUCAUGAUGUUUAAUUGCGGGUAAUUGCUCGGAAAUUCCAUGAAAUUGCUUCACGUGGAGACCUUGAUCAGGAGUACGCCAUAUAUGAAUGUGCGUGGCACAGAAAACAAUAUAAUAAAGAAGCGAAAGAACAAAAAUAAGAUCGUGAGGUAAAUGUGAUUCUCGUUGAAAGACGAUACGCUUAAAUAAUUUAACGAUUCUUGAAAUCGGUUAUAUGUAUUCAUCUUACAAGUAUCGAUUUGUAAUUUGUUAAUUGAAAUGUCUCUGUCACCGUCGAACUGGCAGUUGAUCGGCUAUAAAAUUAAUUAAUCGUCGUUUUUCUACGCAAGUUUUUGGCCUACGCAAUUUUUAAUAGAAUUCAAGAUUGCUAUCAGUGAUAUGAUAUAUGUCAAUUGUCUACCUGUCGUCAUUAAAAUAUUUCAAUGGAUUACGACGUUUCAAUGAGAUUCAUUAAUGUUUCUAUUAUAUCAAUAUUUUUUGUGUUUUUUAUCGCGAUGAAAGAUCUUGACGAUUACCACCCACGCGAUUAUUCGCAUACAGAAGUCAGUACAAUCACGUGCAACCUUUCGCAGGUGACCGCCACUCUAGCAUCAUGUCGCGCACGAUCUCUAUCGCCGUUCCAUCGAUCGAUAUUCUUGUAGUGUCCAUCGAUCCGUUCGAACAGCUAGUCAGGCAUGGGAAAAGCGCCAAGAGAAUUCUUUCUCUCGAUUUAGAUUAACUUGGUGAUCGGCAUUUUUGUGACACGCGUUCGUGAAUGCAAGAGAACCACUUCUUCUUUUAUCGUUGUUAUUUCACUGUCGCUAUCAUUUAACUAUCGUGAUUAACUGCGCAUACGACACACCGCGCCGUGUAUUUUCGAAAAUUGUCUCUUUUAAGUUCAAUCGAUUGCAAACGCAUCUGAUCCAUAUUUUAGAUUGCAAGUCAACCAUAAAUGAUUCCACUUAAUUUCCAUUUAAUCUUUUUUUUUCAACGCUGAAAGGUUUAGUGUUACGUGACCAAUUUGCCAAUCGAUCGAAUGACUGACCAGCAAAAUGAUCUCAGCUUCUACUUUGUAUCUCUCGUGAGAGACUACAGAAUAAUCUGCUUCGCGUUUGUAUAUAUUCUUUCAAAAUUAUUGCUAAAUUAUUCCUCGGCAAUCAUCUCUGCUCUUUUGCUUGUAAAUCGACGUUCUUUACCUGAAGAUAAUGUAAAGGCUCAUUUUUAUUUGCGGGUCGUUCGCUCGUGAGCUGGGUCGUAAAAAUCGCUCGUGUAUCAGACGAUUUUUGCAUUCGUUAGCAGGGUAACGACAUAGUCAAUCGGUUUGAGGUCCAGGCUAGAGUUCUCUAAAUUUCACUUCUUAACGAUUCCACAUGUAAAUAACUGCGCUCGUAAUAAAUGGUCAAUUUCUUGCGGUAAGCCACCAAGAGUCAAUGCGGCAGCGCAAAGCAAUGGAAGGAAGCGUUUCAUGCCACUAACAUUACUUUGCUGUGCGCAACAUCUGGAAAACGAGGUGCAGAUUAUUUCGCGAUUUAUAUACUUUCGAAAUUCAACUCCAGUUGUCAUCGAUACGUGCCAAACUUUUUCACGCGGAAGUUAAUUUAAUCCAACGUUAUUCACGAGGGGGGAGGGGAUAUUUUAAUAGUUUAUUAUAAAAUAAUAUCAAUUGAAGAAUUACAUGUAUUAAACGGUUGUUUGAUGCAUGUACGAGUAUAUAAUCCCAAUAUUUUUUUUCUAUAUACAACGACGUAUUUCCAGAGAAUCGCGAUUUCCUUCUAUGAAUACUGAAAGGAUUGGAAACGAGGUGAAAGUUUUUAGAUAGCAGAACAUGAGAAUAAAUUGUAUUGAUUUUUAAAUUGGAUGUUACUUCGUGCAGCGUUCGUGAAAUUGGAAUCUGGGGUAGUAAGAUGCGAUCACUGAUCUUAAUGUUAUUUCUAAGAAAGAGAGCAAUGUACAGCAUUGUGUAACCAGAAAAUAUUAAUUAUUCUGUGUGUGGAAUACAAAGUUAAAUAAUUUAUUGGAAGCCUUGACGGAAGCUUGUACUUUGGUCGUCUAUCAAAUAGUUUUGGUUCAACAUCGGUUGUAUUGUUUCCCAUCGAAUAAUUUUUUUCUCGAGUUAAACAUUUUACGUUCUAAUAAGUCGCUAACUUUUCAGGAAAUAUAAAAAAUAUAUAUAUUAAAGCAAUGUGAAUUUUAUGGACAAGUUAUGGCAAUUUCAAAUCUAUAUAGCAAACGCUGUUAAUGUUAGAAGAAAUGAGAUUAAUAAUUGAAGAAAGUAAAAAUAAAUUAUUCUUUUUUUAGAGAGAGAGAGAGAGAGAGAGAGAGAGGGGGAGAGGACAUUGCGACUAUUGCAAAUUUUACGCGACAUAAUUAUUAGUAGAUCACCAAAGAGACUUUUGUUUCCAUUUUAGCUUGUCUCUAUUAAGAGAUAAAUGAAAGACUCACAGUAGUAAUUUGAAGAAGCAUAUAAUUAAUUCAUAUAUCGUAAAGUCCGAACGAUCUCUGUAAAUGCUGCACUUUGAUAUAAAUUUAUGCGAACAAUUAUUUAAUAAUGUUAUCUUUAAUUUAAAUUCUCGAAUUAUUCCAUCUUUUUAAAACCGGCAUAGUUGAAACGUGCACGUACACAAGUACGAUGUCUAUCUGGGUUAAUCGAUUCGUGCAUAAGAUCGUUUACAAAUAUACCGUUGCUAUGUGUCAUUAAUGUUUUGCUUCAAUCCUUAAAAAAUAAUAAAUGUACUUUAUCCCGCAUAAAACACAUGAUAGACAUUUAUGAGCACAUUAGAAUUCUCGCUGAGAUAUAAUUAAUGAAAACGCCGAUUUGUAGUCUCACACAGUGAUGGUAAUUAAAAUACGUCGUACAAGACUCACUGAAAGAUAUCAUUACGAAGAAGCACAAUUCGCGUUACAAACAUGUGAGAAAAUAAACAAUUGUAGAUUUCUUUCACUUUUUGUGAAAGUUUAUGUAUGAAUUCGUUUCGACUGCAUAGAAGAAUUAAAAAAGAUUACUUAAUCUCGGAAGAUUUAUCGCGAAAGAUGUAUGUACUUAUUCACCAAUUAUGAAAAUUUUGGAUGAAAAAGAAAAGGUGAAGAAAUGUAUUAUGGUUUAUUGCUUUACGCCGGAAUUACAGUUUCGCGCUAAAUCGAAUAAUUCGCUCUUUGAGCAACACUUUUUUGUUAACAAUAUGCUUGAUACAGAUUUCUUAAAAAAAAGAAAAUUGGAACGUGCACAUACCAAUUUGAUUUUAUUACAUAAAAAAAUAUUUAUAUUAUAAAAGAUUUAUCUCUUUUAUUCAAACAUGCAAUUACUGAUUGCAUAUAUUUAUAUCAAUUUUGCAAUGUCCCCCUUUCUCUUUUUUUUUCCUACGAUAAUGAUCCAAGAGAUACAAAUCAUUUGCUAAUGGAAUCCAGAAUUAGUUUUAUCGUCACGUAUUUUUUUUUUUUUUUUUUUUUUUAAGACUCACGUCAAUGUAGAUUGUCAAUAGCCUCAGAUAUUUGAGAUCUUAAUACUCGAAUAAAGAAUCGAUCAUUUGACGAGACAGCCGCUUCUAAUCGCGUAACGAGUCUCAUAGUUGUAGCAAAAUUCGUUUUACAGGAUACUCGUCGUCGUCCCUCUGUUUUUCUCCUUGACCGACUAUUGUCGAUCAUUCGCUACAGUUUCCCGUCAUUGAUACCGAAUUAAGGCGAGAACUGCCACUUUUUAAGGAAUGUGAAAGCGUAAAAAAAAGAAAACUCUUUACAAAUACUUAAAUCCGAGAAAGUGUUCGUUACAAAGUUCACAUAAAUAAUUUACUAAAGUAACGUUUUGUAAAGUAACAGUUUGAUCCGCAAAAAUGUUGCUUACAUACAUUAACGUUUAUAAAAGUAUAAUUGUAGCAACCAUCAUUUUGCAAUAUAAGAGCAUUAAUGUCUCAUUCAUUUAGUGUUCACGAAUUUCUCUGUAAUAUUUAGAAAAUUAUAUUUUCGAUGUCAUUGACAGUACAGCUCGAUUGUAUUUAAUUUCGUGACAGAAUCGAAAAUCACAAAUCAUAAAUGCGAACGUACUUAAUAACACACGUUAACGGCUUCUAAAUGUAUUAUAGUAACAUUUUUUUUAUAUAAAAUCCGUUAAAUGGCUAAUGCAAUAAUAAUAACGUGGAAUAAUUACUCGAAAUAGUAUGUACGUAUUACGUUAGUUUUUAUGAUGAAAAUUUGGAUAGUUCUAGGUUCAUAGGAUCUCAAAAUAAUAAAUAUUUCUAACAACCAGCAUUUACGGAACCGUUAUUGCACGUCAAAAUAAUUUGUGCAACUAAAAUUAUUCCCCAAGUUGGAAGAUGCGCAUUUGGGAAUCGAAAUCCGGGUUACAGCGUUGCGGUACGCUCGCAAUCUCAUUAUAUCGUGAAAUUACUCGCAGAUCGAGCUGCUAAACUCCGAAAUUAACAAUCGGGUUGCCGUUGGUGCGCGGACAAUCGACAUUCCUCAAAUCCGGGACUCGUGCGAUUCGCGGUAACAAUUGCGAACAGCGUAUGGCGAACGGAGUACGGGGAGAUUCGUUCGUACUCGAUUGUAAUCUUGAAAGGAAGCACCUGCAGUCUCACCAGAGUCCUUCGUCGCUUGUCGCUGUAAUUACGAGAGAGCCUUGUAAAAUAAAGCUUAUUAGGAAAGCCACGUGCGAGUCAAAGCGACGACGCGACGAUUCUAAGUAAGCGAUAUCUGGUAUCUUUUGUCCUCUUUUUCCUUACAAAUGCGUAAAUAUUACCAUGUGAAAAUGUUUCCGUUUAGCGGUACUUGGGCGUGUGGAACAGUUACAUUACAGAAGAGGUCAGAUAUUCAUUGUUAGAAUAAAGGGAAAUCCGCGCAUAAUUAAAUUAUUGUAACAUUUAAUCGAAAUCGUUUUACGUUUUGUAAAGCCGCACAAAGAUCAUCGACAGAUGAAAUAUGCACUAUGUAGGACAUUGGGAAUUUAUUGCAAAAUAAAAACUUCUUCAAUAGCCUAUGAAUCACCUUACAAGCUUCCGCGCUACAUCCUGCGAAAUUCCGCGUAUACGCUAUAUCGCGCUAAAAUCAGUAGCGUAAAAUUGGAUGAUUAAAGAAGCAGCGAAUAAGAACGAGUAUUUCGUGAUAGCUAUCUUUUCUUCUUACGUGUUUUAUGUCAGGGAGCGACACGCGUCAAUGGUGAUUUAUCCAAUUGCCAAUUAAAGUGAAUCCUUUAGUCUCAAUUACAUUUGUCCACAUACAUUUUUUUCUACUUUUUUUUAGCGAUAGAAUUUUUAUUUCUGUACGUGCGGCGUGGAGUCUGUUAAUCGUUUGGCUCUUACGUAUUUUUUGGGGGGAAGGGGAAGAGGGAGGAGAUACUGUUGAAAUUGUUAUAAUUUUUUAAAAAUCUAUUCAGAAAUGACCAGACUAUAUGAUCGUUUGAUUUAAAAAAUUAUAAUGUUAUCAAAAGCUACGAGCAAUGUAAGUUUUGUAAAAAGAACUUUACAUCGCAAUUAAAAUUGAGAGAGAAUUUAUUUAGAUAGAAGAAACGUCGAUCAAAAUAUAACCAAUUAUAGAGAAAAUAAAUUAGAAAAAGGAUUCGAAAACAUUAACUCAAUAAUGAAAGGAACAUGGUUUUAUGACUUUGCAAACGCUUUCCAUUAAAAAGGAUCAGAUGCUUCAAAAACGUGAUAGUCAAUUAAUCUCCGGUGUUAUAUUCGGUAUUUCUCUAAUUACAGCAAACGAUUAAAAGACCUGGAAAAAAAAAGAAAGAGCGGCUAUAUUUUCACCGAACCUGUCUAUUGUGGCAUCUUCCUUCGUUCGGAAACGGUGAAAAAAUGGCCCCGUUUCCGCUUCGCGGAGUGCGAUUAAUAUGCAAUUAUUCGGGUCAACAAUGGGAUCCUCGACUAUACCUACCACUCGAUACCUAACUCUCUCCUUCCGUUGAAAUUGAAGGCUACCCGUAUGCCAGUGCAAAAAGGGGAAUCUAUAUUUUAUCGAGAAGCGAAGCGCGGGAUAUAAUGAUACCAACUACGUGGAAGGUAUGACUGUAUACGGUAACGUUUUAGUGGCUACUGUCACUGACGCAUUGGCGAACACAGUGGCAAUUUGGCCGAAGCUAAUUUCGAGUGGCUAUGUUCUGCCGGAGUAAGCCGUUGUGUACGCUUCGAUACUCAUUCGACGUGUCGGAAGAAACUAGAUUCCUUUCCUUAUUCAGCGAAUAUUUGGUGAUUUAUCUGCGAAAGCUACCCUCUCACGAUGGUAGUGGUCCUAUUGAUACCUAUAAUCGGAUUUGUGGCAGCAAAUCCUUUUCCAAACGCAUUGAACAACCGUUUGAUCCCUCAAGUCCAAAAAGAGCUUUUACUUUCUACGGAAAAUCGUCUGGACGACAAUCCGGAUAAAAUAAGUGAAAUGGUAGAAGAUCUGAACGAGACUAUCUCAAUCCCGAAGCAAACACCCCAUCAUCUCGAAGUUUCCGGAUCAUCGACACGUGAGAAUGAAACAAGCAAUGAGAAAAAGGUACAAGAACGGAAACACAAGGCUAUAUACGUAGAUUAUCCUCUGUUAUCGCGUGUUUUGCAUUAUCCGAGGGUGUCCACGUAUGAAAUCGAUUACAACAAUUCAGAGUUGUUGGCACAGGAUAGAUCGUCAGACACGUCUAAAAGAUAUCAAGAGAGUGAUAUCUUCUAUAUCCGACUCCCGCCUAUACCGUAUAUGUUUGUACCUGGUCUCGGAUAUAUCUCGCAACCACCUACGUACUCGAGCGCUUCCCUGAAGCCCCAGAUACCCCUCGCACCUCAAGUAGUCCAGCUGCACCACGUGAGACCUGUGCGACCUCAACCGGCCUCUCAGCAGACCGUUAAUCCCUUCAUCAAAUUGCCUGUAGACUUCAUAAGCAACGGCAAGCCUACCUCCGUCUACCAAUGGCAGAAGAAGCCUGGCAAGAAGCCAACCGACAGUCCAAUCAUGAACUUGGACAACCUGUCAGCCGACUUCGUGAACAACGGUAAGCCGACCUCUAUUUAUCAGUGGCAGGCGAAUCUCAGGCCGGUAAAGAGGCCGGAUGAUGUACUUAAUAGCCUUGAUAUGGGUCCUUACACCUUCAAUGGCAAACUGACCAGCAUGUACUUACUUCAAUCGGAUGACUCCACCUCGAUGCAUCAGUCCAUUCGACAUUCCAAUUAUCAAGAUGCACACGACUAAAUUUAUUCGACCAUGUCGAAUAUUCAAAGUUGAAAGCAAUCACUAUAUAUACGGAAUUUGUAAUGUCUUGAAGAUGGACUUGACGCGAGUGAUAUUCUGCAAAUUAAUGAGCGCGUCAGUUUAUACAUAGUUUUAAAUCCUCCUUGGUUUUAAACCUCCUUAGCAGAAGCAGCCAAAUAAAUUUGAUUGUAAUGGCUUAUAAUACGCUUAUAAUAAUAAUAAUAUCAAGCAGUUCAGCUUUCAGAGUGUGAUUUAUAGCUCACAUAAUAUUCAUCAUUUUUAUCUAUGACCAUAAUUAUUAAAGUCUUGUUAACGUAAUAAAAUAUAUGAACAAUAUUACAAUGUCAGAAAUGAUAAUAUUAUAAAUUUGUCAAAGAAGAAUUCGAUCAAUUGCUUCUAAAGAGAAUUAUUGAAAAGUAAGAAAUGUUAUUUCGAUAGCGUUUUAAGUGAAGCAAUUUUUUAAGAAAAUUAUAUUGCUAUUAAUAAUAGUUAAUUGUUAAACAGAAUUGUUAAUGAUAAGUGAAGAGUUAUCGUAAUAAAGCGAUUUUGUGUGCAGUCAAUUUUUGUAAUAAUUAAUAUUUUAUCAGCAUUUUAUAAAAUAUGCAAAAUAUAUACAAUUUUAGAAAAUAUUUAUUUUUAAUUUUAUAUUUUUAAAUUUUAUAUUUCAUAUUUACUGUAUAUUUAUAAAGCUUCGUAUUUUUCACGCGUGCGGGAAUUAGAUUAUCUUAAAUUAUGUAAAAGAUUAUAUUAUUUAAAGUUGUUGUUUUAAUUGUUUAAUUUCUGUAUAUUAUUGAAUAUUUAUAUUUAUUGUUCAAUGUCUAAUACUGACAUGAGUUUGUAAAUAUGUGAAAUAUAUGUAAAAAUGAUUUAA